UGGUCGCACAUGGAAUGUUUGUUUCAAAAUCCCCCUUGUCUUUUAUUCAUUCAUUUUUCAUGCAUUUUCUCUACUUGGUCUUUAUACUUUCUUCAUGUCCAGUUUCGCUAUUCGAAGACUCACAGAGAAUCCAUUUCUUUUGACAACGACAAUAUUAGCCUUGAGCUCUUGGAUUACCGCAUUUGGCGGGGCCUGCACAUUGAAAGUCCUCAAUGGGGCAUGGUGGGUGAUGAUCUACGAAUUUGGUAUUAUCUUGGGCUGCAUGACGUUGUUUCUUCGCGGCUCGAUUUUACUGCAUCGACAUGCGGUCUUGACACUUCUAGCCAGCAGUAUUCCACUGUUGACAAUUCAAAUCGAUUAUGUGAUACAAUACAACAAACCUGUGUCCAUUAAAGAUUCCGCCAACGCUUAUGCGGGGGGGUACAUUGGACUGGUAGUUGUCCAGUAUCUUUGGGUGCUUGUAUUUGGAAGCGAUUCACAAAGCCGUCUUGGAAGACUGGCCCAGGCACGUACACCGAUUCAUUCGCCUGAUCCGGCAUAUCACUACAAUCACAGCAAGCACGAACCCCUCAGCGAGAACCUCAAAAAGACAUUUGUUAACGAUGGACCGCCACAAGCUAUGGUCCCUUCCAGCACGUCUCAGACAUUGAUGAUGCCAGCCACAGAAUAUCCCGAACGGGUCAAGGCACUGCAUGCGUAUAUCGCGAAUCCUGAUGAUCCCACCGAACUCAGCUUUGCUGCUGGCGAAAUUCUGGAAGUAGCCGAUCAAACCGGCAACUGGUGGCAAGCCCGUAACAGUCAAGGACAGACGGGCAUUGUGCCCAGAAAUUAUUUUCUGGAUUCCUAAUCUGACUUGCACAAAUUCUUGUAAUAUGAACCAUAAAGACAGCGUUACAAAAAGAGACGGAUUAAUGUCAUUGAUUUGUCGUGAUAACACAUGAAGAAAAAAAAAUACAAUGUUACGUAGUACGCAACGACGCUGUUGUUGUGAUGGUCACUUGAAUGGCUAAUUGUUAUUUAAUUAGGAAGGUCGUAUUGUAGAAUAUCAAGCUUCCUGUUAUUGUGGAUAACAGGGUACAUUGAGAUAGGGCUGGCUGUGAAUGUCUGAUUGAAACGGGACAGUCGCAAG